ACCGCCACAAUAAGGUGGCACAUAAAUAAACUCAAACAUGCAUACACGCAGGCCCUAGCAGUGCCAGCACAAUUCAAAUGAAGUGAAAGAGGUAGCGUCUUUCAAAUCAGCAUUAUUGCACCACCGUGUAUUUAUGUAGAGGCAGAGAGUGAGGAAGUUGCAGAAGUGAGAGACAUGGGGAGGGCUCCUUGUUGUGAGAAAGUGGGAUUGAAGAAGGGGAGGUGGACAGCGGAGGAGGAUGGAAUCUUGACCAAGUACAUUCAGGCCAAUGGAGAAGGUUCUUGGAGGACGCUGCCAAAAAAUGCAGGAUUGUUAAGAUGUGGCAAGAGUUGCAGGUUAAGGUGGAUUAACUAUUUGAGAGCUGAUCUAAAGAGAGGGGACAUUUCUGUCGAAGAAGAAAACACCAUUGUUAAGUUGCAUGCUUCGUUAGGCAACAGGUGGUCCUUGAUAGCAAGUCACUUGCCUGGAAGAACCGACAACGAGAUAAAAAAUUACUGGAACUCUCACCUAAGCAGAAAAAUUUACACUUUCCGAGGCACAACCACUACCAAACCAGACACGAUCACUCUCACUCUACCUCCCAAGCGGAAACGUGGUAGGACCAGUCGCUGGGCCAUGAAGAAGAACAAAACCAAAACAGCACCUCCCUUAGCAGCAGUUCCUCUCCCACCAACACCGCCACUAGAGGCCGAGAAACAUUCCUCCACCCAUGAAAAUACUAAUCAUACCCAAGAAGAAGAAAAUGUAGGCACUAAUGGAAUGUGGGUAGAGGGUGAGAAAGAAAUAACGAAGAAUGAGGGUGACAUAUGGGGACCCUAUGAGAAGGAAGUUAUUAAUGGGGGAGAGGGGGAUCAGGUGUUGAGUUUUGAAUCUUUCAACGACAUCUUCGACACUUACUGCCCACAAGCAAGUGGGUGUUGGACCAUUUCUGAUGAAGGUUGCAGAGAGAGCAGUGAAGUGGUUGGGAAUAAAACUUGUGACCACACCGUUAUGUCGAGUGGUCGGGAAAAGCAGUGCUUUUGUUCUUCUUCGGUGGUGCUGGAUCAUAAGGACGAGUCUUUGUCAUGGGAGCGGCAUCAGAAUCUCCUCUCUUGGCUUUGCGAAGAUGAAGACUGGGACAAGGAUUUGCAGAGCGUUGGUGAGAUUGAUCCUCAGAAACAAAAGGACAUGGUUGAUUGGUUUCUCUCUUGAGACCAACCUCUUCUUGCAUCUCCUCGCCACUUUAGUUUUGGACCUUAACAAAGACCAUGUGUUUCUUCUUGCCUUUUUUUUUCUUCUUCCUUCCCUUUCUUUUUCGGAUGUAAAAUCUGUAGACAUUCUAGGGAAUCUUUUGUGUUAGCUUAAAAUGUGAAUACAUAGUACUUCUAGUGUACAACUGAA